ACAGGGUAGGAGGGACAGACAGAAACUAGGAGUGUGAGCCAGGGAAAGAGUGAGAGUGUGUGAGAAAGAACAAGAGGAGCGCGAGAAAGAGGUGCGUAGCAAAGACGUCAACAUAAUUUUCAAAAGAAAUUCGACGGUAAACAUUCGCGGCAGUUUGUUUUUUUGCUCCUUACCGUGAUUUGGGAUACAACAUGUCAUGAGUCGGAUGUAUUUGAUCUGUUUUAGUGGAGUGUGGGUUCAAUGUUUCGCGCAAAGAAAACGAAAAGAUUGGAUGUUUGUGAGUUCGGUCAAGCUCUGUUUCCCUAAUGCAAUAUUUAAGCGUUUAAAGUGAGCAAGGAGCUGAGUGAGACGAUCAGCGAGAAACCGAAAGAGUCACCGCGGCAAAGUGAGAAGGACGGGCGUAAAAGUCCUCGGUCACAGUCAGUAUGUUGUCCGGAGGCACAAGGUUUGGAAAGCAGGUCGAAGCUCACUCGUUAAAACUAUAUAGUACUUGAAUGGCGAUGGAUCACCGCGUCCAGUCAAAUACCACGACUGCAUGAAGAACAAAGCGGGAGGAAAAGUGCUUCAUGUGCGUAAAAAAGGCUACGCACCAUAUCAUGGAUAAAGCAAGGCUAAAAAAGGUCCCGGGCUCCAGAUGUCCCGUCCCCUGGAAGCAUCCUGGGUGCAGGCCCAUCAGAGUGUGACGGCGAGGCAGGACAGGAGGAGGCCUGGGCUUCUCACCGUCAACCCUGCCACGGAACUUUCAUGCGGGCUUCAACUGGGCCAGACACCAAGAAUAACAAGUCCUGCCAUGCUCUGAUAUUCUAGCAUGGAUGGCGCCAGUCACAGAACCUGUGCCCUCUAAUGAAACUACCACACCAAAGUGGAGGACUAGAAACUACAAAAGGACUACACCUCAACUUCCUGCUUUGUCCCAUGAACUCUAAAUUAAUUUAAUGUUUUAAAGGACUUCCUCUUCCACUGCUGGAAUUAUUAGUCCUCCCUCAGAUUUUCAGUGUUUUGUUUUGUAUUUUUUUUCUUUCACAUUUUCUCUUUGUUUCCCACAAUGGAGCUGAAUGUGGGAUUUUGGAAUAAUGACUGGACCUCAUUUGUUCAGUUCUGGUUUACUGUGCUGCUCAGCCUGCAUGUGCAGUUCAGCCCUGUUGCCUCCUGUCCUAAAGAGUGCCGCUGCGACAAAACAUAUGUUUACUGUAAUGAAAAGAGUCUGACAUCUGUUCCUCUGGGAGUGCAGGAGGGAUACAAAACCCUCUUCCUCCACAACAACCAGAUCAACAAUGCUGGCUUCCCACUGGAGCUACACAAUGUAGCUUCUGUGGAGUCAGUCUAUCUGUAUGGGAACCAGCUGGAUGAGUUCCCCCUUAACUUGCCUAGGAAUGUAAGGGUGCUUCACCUGCAGGAAAACAACAUUCAGACCAUUUCCAGGGCAGCUCUUGCCCAGCUACCUAAGCUGGAAGAGCUGCACCUUGACGACAACUCCAUCUCCACUGUAGGCGUGGAGGAGGGCGCAUUUCGGGAAGCAGUCAGCCUCAAGAUCCUCUUUCUUACAAAGAAUCACCUGAGCAGUGUCCCCAUUGGAUUACCAGCUGACCUACAGGAGCUGCGUUUGGAUGAGAACCGAAUUGCUGAUGUAGACGAGGAGGCCUUUCAGAAUGUCUCCAGCCUGCAGAGACUGCUGCUUGAUGGCAACCUUCUAGAGGAUGAUGCAAUUGCUCCUGGAACUUUCCUGAAUUUGGGCAACCUGAAAGAGCUGUCUCUGUCCCGUAACUCUCUUACAAAACCCCCACCAUUGCUUCCUGGAACAUCCCUGACCAAACUCAACCUGCAGGAAAACCAGAUGAAAGAGAUCCCUGUGACAGCAUUUUCCAACCUCAGAAAGCUGGAGAGGCUUGAUAUCUCCAGUAACUUGCUUCAGGCUCUGCCACAGGGAGUCUUUGAUGGGCUGAGAAGCCUAAUGCAUCUCAAUGUUCGGAACAACAACUGGCUCUGUGACUGUACAAUUAAAUGGGUUAUUGCUUGGCUUAAGUCCCUACCUCCCUCUCUGAAUGUCCGUGGCUUCACGUGCCACAAACCAGAGAGUGUGCGGGGCAUGGUAAUCCGAGAGCUCACACUGGAUAACCUUGAGUGCCCACACAACACAGAGCUCCAUCCACUUCCUACUCAGUUACCUUCAUUGCCAUCAACACAUGACGGAACCACCAACCCUCCUAAAAGCACCCACAUAACCACCAUCUCACCCAUGCCAUUCUACCCACCCUCUCCUGGUCACACACCCCCAAGUCCUCAUUUCCCCCCUGGCCCUUUUCCACCCUAUGAUGACCCAUUGAAAAUGUCCCUGUAUGUAUUGAACUCCACCUCCAUAGAGGUAAACUGGGAGUCCUAUUUUACUGUGGCUGCGUACAAAGUCACUUGGAUCAAGAGGAGUCAGAAUUUAAUGACAGACAUCAGUCACGAGAGGACAGUGCCAGGAAGCCAGCGGAGGCUUAGCCUCUUUAACCUAGAUACCAAAUCUGUCUACCGUAUAUGUGUGUAUGUUCUGGACACUCUUAACAGCUACAGACCAGGAGAGGAUACAAUUUGUUCAGAGGUCAAGACUAAGUCAGUACCCAGCACCUCCAACAAGGUAGGAGAGUCAGAGCAGGCAGCCCAGCAGGACAGCACCUCCACGCUCUUGCUGGCUGGAGUGAUAGGCGGGGUUGUGCUGGUUGUCUUGGUAACACUUCUCAGCCUGUUUUGCUGGCACAUGCACAAAAAGAGCAGGUCGUCCUCGUCCAAAUGGAAAUAUAAUAGGGGCAGGAGAAAGGAUGACUACUGUGAAGCUGGUACUAAAAAGGAUAACUCCAUCCUGGAAAUGACUGAAACCAGCUUUCAGAUAGUGUCACUGAACAAUGAACAGCUCUUAAAGGGUGAUUUCAGAAUUCAGCCCAUCUACACGACCAAUGGAGGCAUUGGAUUCAGAGACUGCCACCAUAGUAACAAUAGCAUCGCAUACUGCAAAAGCAGCAAUGUUCCCAGUGUGGACUUCUGCCACACGUGAUACUACAACCAUUUUCAAAAUCUAGUGUGUGUGUGUGUGUGUGUGUGUGUAUGUAUGUGUAUGUAUAUAUAUAAUA